ACAGAAAGUCCGCCUCAGUGUCGCCUGCUUUCACCUGCUCCCACCAUUAUCACGUAAAACGAACCCGAUCUCGGCCCGGACGGCGGACUCACUGACCGCCAGCGAUAGCGAGUCAUCCCUUGGCAGUUGAUGAAACACAUGUUCAACUCCAGAUUCCUUUUCGAUCCAUUCAACAUCAAUCGCCUCCUCUGCUUGCUAUUCACUUGACCUCAUUGCACUCUCAAGACAUAUCUGCAAUCAUGAGCGCCGAAGGUAGAGGUCGUCUCGCUGGCAAGAACGCCGUCAUCACCGGUGCUGCUGGUGGCAUCGGUCUUGAGACCUCCAUCCUCUUCGCCCGCGAGGGUGCCUCAGUUCUGAUGUGCGACAUCUCAGCACCUGCUCUCGAGAAGGCCGUCGCCAAGGUCAAGGAGAUCGUUCCCAACGCUACCGGCAAGAUUGAGACCACUAUCUGCGAUGUCAGCAAGGAGUCCGAUGUUGCUGCCACCGUCGAGAAGGUCGACUCGUGGGGUGGUCUCGACGUCAUGUUCAACAACGCUGGUAUCAUGCACGCCGACGACGCAGACGCCAUCGACACACCAGAGAAGAUCUGGGAUCUCACUCACAACAUCAACGUCAAGGGUGUCUGGUUCGGCUCAAAGCACGCAGUGCAGGCACUGCGCAAGCACAACAAGACCAAGGGUUCCAUCAUCAACACUGCUUCCGUUGUCGCCUUGGUCGGUGCUGCCACACCUCAGUUGGCAUACACAGCUAGCAAGGGUGCUGUCCUCGCCAUGACCCGUGAGCUUGCCAUUGUGCACGCACGUGAGGGCUUCAGAUUCAACGCUCUCUGCCCUGCUCCUCUCAACACUCCUCUCCUGCAGGACUGGUUGGGUGACGACAAGGCUAAGCGUCAGCGCCGCGAGAUUCACUUCCCUACCGGACGUUUCGGUGAAGCCAUCGAGCAGGCACACGCUGUUGUCUUCCUGGCCAGUGAUGAGUCCAGCUUCGUCAACGGCACCGACUUUGUCGUUGAUGGUGGUAUGACCAAGGCAUACGUCACUCCCGAGGGCCCUCCUGCCCCUGCUCCUACUAACCUCGCCAAGUAAAGUGGUUGAUGUUAUUUUCAUGAGUUGGUCGGGUUGGCGCAUGGCUGAAUUUGCAUGGAGCAAAGAAUGACUUAACGAUUUUCUCGUAGGCAGCAAGGUUAUUCAAGUUUAUGAGAUUUCGCAUUAGACCAAGACUAUUAUCUAUCUUGCUGUCUCUGUUUCGGUCCAGCGGACCAGAUGGGUGAGGUGUGAGGGGUAUUGCCAUUUGCGGCGUAAUAUCU